UGUGCAUGGAGCGCGGGGUGGCGUGUGUGGGAGGGAGGGGAGGAGUGGGUGGAGUCCUGGCACAUGUGGUGGCGCCAUGCCUUCGCCCCGCACGUCUACAGGAAGCUCAGGCCCCACCAGGUAGUGAACCACAUACCUCGAGCUAACGGCCUCUGCAGGAAGGACAGCCUGGCGAGGGCACUGCAGAAGAUGAGACAUGUUUAUGGAGCUGUGUACGACUUUAUCCCAGCCACAUACCUGUUACCUUGUGAAUAUACUAAAUUAGUAGCUGAGUACACAAGAUUGACCUACCAGAACAAGACUACUACUACUACUACUACUACUACUACUACUACCACCACCACCACCACUACGACUAAUAGCAGUGGUGGUGCUGGUGGUGGUGGUGGUAGCAGUGGUGGUUCUCCAGGCCUACCACCCGCUACAGAGGCCCACCCCCCUACCCCACACAAUAUCUGGAUUUGCAAGCCUAUAAGCAGUUCACAAGGCAGAGGCAUAUCGAUUUUUCAGGACCUGCAUGAACUGAGUUACGCAUCGAGUGCAGUGGCCCAGCGGUACAUUGGCAACCCUCUACUGGUGGGUGAAUACAAAUGUGACAUCAGACUGUACGUUAUGGUCACCUCCUUCCUCCCCCUGACUGUCUACAUGUACACCGAAGGAAUCGUCAGAUUCGGGACUGAAAAAUAUAGCCUUGGUUCUCUCGACAACGUGUACAGCCACCUGACUAACACGUCACUGAACAGACUCGGCCCCAGCUACAGGAAAGAGAAGGACAGGGUUGGCGAGGGCUGUAAAUGGACCAUAGGAGAGCUGCGGCGUCACUUGAGGGGCUGCGGCAAGAGUGACUGGCUGUUGUGGCAGAGGGUGUGGGUGCUGGUGUGCCUAACCUUACUAACUCAAGUUGGAUUAGUGCCUCAUCACCACAAUUGCUUCGAACUGUAUGGAUUUGAUAUUCUGAUAGACGAGGGCCUCAGACCGUGGCUACUGGAGGUCAACAGGUCACCGUCGCUGACCCACGACUGCCACGUGGACCGAAUAGUGAAAAAACCAUUACUCCACCACCUCUUUGAUUUAGUGGGUCCACCAAGGGUACCAGAACCUCUCGCGCGACCCUUGAGAACCCCAUUCCUUCUGUUGCUCGCCAGACGUCACACACAGUCACCCUUCACAGCAGCCCUGCACCUGAAUCACUACAGGAGGGUGUUGCAUUGCGAUAGGGAGGAAAGCAGAAGUGUGGCUAGCAGGAGGAGCCAUGGGACGCCCUCAACAACAAGCAACAGUAGCAGUAGAAGCUUCAGAAAAGGAGGGAAGGUCGAGGAAAGAGGAAAAUCAAAUGGAGUCUUGCCACCAAACACCGGGAGGCGGUCGGGAAACAGCCGCGCUUGCAAGGGAAUUUCGGGGCUAUCUAGGCGCGAUGGCCGUGACGGGGGUGAUGGGAAGUGGCCAGCGAGGUGCGGGGAAUGGGUCAGAGUUUACCCAUUUAACGCCGCUACUCUACACGCAGGGAGAGAUGCGGCUUACUUGAAAUCUGGUGUCGCAGAGUUGACGAAAUUUAGAAAAGGGUGUGAAAAGGCUGCCCGCGCGCACUCUCUCGCUGCCACGCCCACCCCCACGCUGGACAGGGCUGUGAGGGGCAGUCUGUGGAGGGACACCGUGCUCUGGUGUCCGCCGUCGUAAAGGGAACGCCUAAAUAGGUGCAGAUCGUGUCUUGUUCUUGUCUGUUAUUGU